AUGACUUUAACGACGAUUAAGGACGGAGAAUACACGUCAACGGUAUACAAACUGAUCAAAGAUGCCCGUUAUGUAGACGCUAUCCAGAUUCUAAGCAAUGAACUUCAAAAGCACAUGAAAUCCAGGGCUGCUCUCUCGCUCCUGGGUUUUUGCUUUUACCACGUCCAGGAUUUCACCAGUGCAGCUGACUGUUAUGAGCAGUUGAUUCAGCUUCACCCGGAGGUGGAGGAGUACAAGCUAUACUACGCCCAGUCACUGUAUGGAGCCUGUGCUUUCCCAGAGGCUAUGAAAGCCACGUUCCUCCUGGACAAUCCAACCAGUCACACAAAGAUGAUUAAACUGCAAGCUGCCAUCAAAUAUGGAGAGGAGGAGCUGGCCGGAGCAAAAACCCUGGUGGAGCAGUUGCCUCAGGAUGACCCUGACUAUGAUGUGGACAUGGGCUGUCUGCUCUAUAAAGAGGGAGAGUAUGAGGAGGCGUGCAAAAAGUUUGUCUCUUCCAUGCAAAUACUGGGUUAUCAGCCAGAUUUGGCCUACAACAUUGCCCUGUGUCACUACAGUCUAAAACAGUACUCCCUAGCGCUCAAAUACAUCGGGGAAAUUAUUGACCGAGGAAUCAGAGAGCAUCCAGAACUUGGUGUCGGCAUGGCAACAGAGGGCUUGGAUGUCAGGAGUGUUGGGAAUACACUUGUGCUUCAUGAAACAGCUUUGAUUGAGGCAUUUAAUUUGAAGGCAGCUAUUGAAUACCAGCUGAAAAACUAUGACAGCGCCAAAGACGCCCUGACAGACAUGCCCCCGAGAUCAGAGGAGGAGCUGGACCCAGUAACCCUGCAUAACCAGGCUCUUAUGAACAUGGACACUAAGCCUACAGAGGGCUUUGAGAAGCUGGCCUUCCUCCUCCAGCAAAGCCCCUUCCCCCCGGUCACCUUCGGCAACCUGCUGCUACUCUACUGCAAAUAUGAGUACUUUGACCUUGCUGCAGAUGUUCUAGCUGAAAACGCUCACCUAACUUACAAGUUUCUCUCUCCGUAUCUCUAUGAGUUCCUGGAUGCCAUGCUGACCUGUCAGACAGCACCAGAGGAGGCCUUCCGAAAGUUUGACGAAAUUGCCGGGAAACUGACUGAGCAGCUACGCAAAGUCACCAAACAGGUGCAGGAAUCGCGGCAUAACCGGGAUGACGAGACAUUGAAGAGGUCUGUCCAAGACUACGACGAGAUUGUGGAGAGGUACAUCCCUGUGCUGAUGGCCCAAGCCAAAAUCUACUGGAACCGGGAGAACUAUCAGAUGGUGGAGAAGAUCUUCCGAAAGUCGGUGGAGUUCUGUAAUGAGCAUGACACGUGGAAGCUAAACGUGGCACACGUGCUGUUCAUGCAAGAGAACAAAUAUAAAGAAGCCAUCGGAUUCUACGAGCCCAUCGUUAAAAAACACUACGACAACAUUCUCAACGUCAGCGCCAUAGUCCUGGCCAACCUGUGUGUGUCCUACAUCAUGACCAGCCAGAACGAGGAGGCUGAGGAGCUGAUGAGGAAAAUAGAGAAGGAGGAGGAGCAGCUCUCUUACGAUGAUCCCGAGAAGAAAGUUUUCCAUCUCUGCAUCGUGAACCUCGUGAUAGGGACAUUGUACUGCGCCAAAGGGAAUUAUGACUUCGGUAUCUCACGGGUGAUCAAGAGCCUGGAGCCCUACAGCAAAAAGCUUGGAACGGACACAUGGUUCUACGCCAAGAGAUGCUUUCUCUCUCUGCUGGAGAACAUGUCCAAACACAUGAUAAUGCUGAGGGACUCGGUGGUGCAGGACUGUAUCCAGUUUCUGGAGCAUUGUGAGCUCCAUGGGAAGACUGUACCUGCUGUCAUAGAGCAGCCUCUGGAGGAGGACCGCAUGCACAUUGGCAAGAACACGGUCACAUAUGAGUCUCGCAUGCUCAAAGCACUUUUCUAUGAAGUGACUGGGUGGAAUGAGUAA